UAACCGCGGACCGUUCAACAGCUGCGGUAUAUUUUCUUGUAAUGACUGGCCUAAUAACUCUCAUUGCUGAAGAUCAGCAUUUCCAGGUACCCCGUGAUGUAUUAACUAGAUCAAGUUUGUACUUUCAUGCUGCUUUUGAGAGUGGUAUGGCUGAAAGCAAAACUAAACAAUUCAGUUUUCCUAAUUUUACCGCUCAUCAGUUGGCCAUGAUUGUUCAUUUUUCACGACAUGAGUAUACAAUUUGGGGUGAUGCUUUAGAUAUGCAGAAUAAUAAUUCAGAUUACUCUUCUAAUUGUCCAGAAAAGUUCAAAAUUUUAGAAGCGCUGGAUUUAACAGACGCAGCAGAUUACUUUCAAAUGCCUAAACUUAUUCAGAUUUGUGUACAAAGACUAUCUUAUAUUAUGGAUAAUUUGUUUCAACCGAAAUCUAUUCCUUUCCAUGAGUCACACGGUUGUGACAUAUUUUCUACAAUAUUAAAAGAGCUUGUCAAAGUUUCUCAUUGUGGAAAUUCUUGUGUCAAUAAGCUAUUCUCGGAAUACACCAUUAAAUAUCCUCAUUUCCUCCUCAGACCAUGUCUUUCAGAAUCAAAUUUACAGUUAGAUCUUAUUAAUCUUGUUGUUAACUACUUAUCAAAAAAUAUUAUAUGCAUACCAGAUGAAGAUGUUGUUCUAGACAUUGUCCUUGGCUGGUUACAGACAUUAAAGUCGACUGAAUUUUAUAAUGAAAAUAUUGUCUACUCGUUUUUACACUGUAUUCGUCCUGGUCUUCUUUCUGUACAAGGACAAAGUAAGUUAUUGGAGUACUGGCACAAAUACCAUGCUGGAUUUAAAUGGUACGGGAAGUUGACAUAUGAUGAUAUGGAAACAUUCUUUAAAAGUAUUCCACUUGGAGGAAUGUUUUCUAAGCCUUCAUCACCUCUUUCGCAAAUACAGCUGUCUCUAUUAAAACCCAGGGCUGAAUCUUUAUGCUUACUGGGAUUGGCGCCAAACAGUUCAAACAACUUAGAAUUUUGGAUUUUCAACCUUCAUAAUGGAACCUAUCAUAAUUGUCCUUUACCAGCCCGUUGUCUCCGUGAAUUAGAUCUUGAUUCAUCUGGUUUAGGUGAUAUAGAUCGUCGCAUUUACUUCUGCCCACUAACCUACGGACCUAGUUCUUACCAAAAUAGCUUGUUUGUCAUAUGUUUUGAUCCAAAUAGUGGAGCUUUGAAUGGAUUUGCUUGGUGUCUAGCUACUUGCCGUGCGAAAUCUAUUCCCCGCCUCUUCCUAUCUCCUUCAAAUAACAAAAAUAAUUCAAUAAACUUCUUUUCUUUCCGAUCUAGACGUAUCGGACUAACGACGUUAUCUAGUGGUCUCUAUAUGUAUUAUGUCUUAUCCAUACAAGAAGUCGCGUGGUUAUGUGCUUUUCGUUUCGAUCUAAAUACAUGGGAAUGGUAUGAAAUGGAACCUUAUUGUUUAUCUAAAAGCCAAAAUGGAAUUAUGUUAUUUACUCCAAUCGAACAGUUGAGUCCUGUCGCUCCUGAUGGCUGGCUUUAUGCAAAUAUUGAGACAGUUUCCUCUUCAAAUAACUCCAGACAUCCACGCCAUGGACUACAUCAAACUUCAUCUCUCCGAUCACAGCUGUUUCGAUUUCGUCCACAACCCGACAAAAAACUAUUAGUUGUGGAGUAUUUACCGAAUCCUCCUUUCCUGAUAAGGAUGUAUCGUCUGUUUGCUAUUACUUGCUCUUCAAAUGGCCACUGUUGUGACAAAACCUACUUAUUCCCUAUGGGAACGUGUUCUCGUGAUUUAGCGGCUACACAUUAUUGCUUUGAUACAUCAUCUUGUCAGUGGUUACGAUGGUCACCUGUUCAGGGACCAAGCAGUAAUGAGUUGGAGCCUGUUAAUCAAUUGCCAUCGGAAAAUACUGGAUUAGUAUUUAAUCUAUGCCCUAAAAUCCUUGGCUUUCGUGGACUUGUCUGUGCUACACACCUUUUGAAUGAAUCCAUAGGAGAAAAUGAUUCAUUGCUUAAAUCACCAUCAUCACAUCCUUCUUCAUCAAACUGUAUUAUAAACUCUGCUUCAUUUGAAUCCCCUAAUCUCCCUCGUUCUUCAUCUGCAAUAGAUGAUGAUGAUGAAAUGAAAAAUGAUGAAAUCCUAUCCAGUGUAAAUGAAAACAAAUUAACGACGAUGUUAGUUCUAGCUGGUAGACCAGAUCAAAAUAAACAUGUCUCUUGUGGGAUAUGGUUUCAUCAUCCUAAACAAUAUUUCAAUCAUAAUAAUAAUAAUCAUAAUACUAAUGAUGAUAAUGAUGAAACAAUUCAAUUAUUCAAUUCUCAGAAACCAAAUUAUUUUCUACCAACUGCAGUUGUUCAAACAUUAAGUCAGUAUUUUUCACCAGCAGCUGUUGUCUUAGCCAACUGGACGCAUAUUAUACAAUCUAUAAAUCCGAUUAACUUUUUCAACAAUUAUUCAUUGGAAAGACAACCAUCAUCGUCAUCAGAAGAAGCGGCGGAAAACGGUAUAAAUUAUGAGUUCAACGGACUUCCAUAUAAUGAUCGAAUGGCUAAUGAAAAUUAUAGUUGUUCAUGGGACAGUGAUUAAACAGCCCUUCCUUUUCUUUUAUUUAAAAGCAAUCAGUUCACACUGAAAGAAGGAACGAAGUGAACAGAAUGCAUUUAUAUAUAUAACACUUUUAUCAGUGCAGUUCACAUGUAUAUAACUUAAUAUGAAGAGAUUAACUUCUACAUGUAUAUAUAGAUAUAGAUAUAAACAAGACAAGUUUAUUUCACAUAAUAUUAUAACCAGUUACAGUAUCAUAAUAAUUAUUAUUGUCAUUAUAAACUGGAUAAUAUUUAACGUGAUUAUGUAAAGAGUAAAUCUAAAUCGUUAUUAUUUACAGUACUGCUAGAUGAUGCCCAGAUCUUACUUACUCUUACCUUUUUUAAAACGACAGUGAUUCAUUGACACAUAGAUUUUUAUUUAUUCUUCAUUGCAUUUAUUUUAUACUACUGCUCAAACUACUUAUAAAUUUGAAAGAAAAACAAAAAACAACAAUGACAUUUGAUUCGUUAUUUUCUCCUUGGGGUAUUUGUGUACAUUUGUUAUUGUUUUAUUUAAUCUGUGCCUUUCUUUGUACACAGAAGAAUAUUUCUUUGAGUGAGUAUUCUACAAUGUGAUUACCUUGAUUGUUGUUUUUAUUUUGUAGUAUUUAUUACAGUUAACUAACAUCAUGAUUGAGUUUGCUUAUUUUGUUAAGUAUGAGUCAUUCAUUCAUUCAUUCAUCCAUCCCUUCAUCCUAUUUUGUAAUGUCUGUGUCAUUUCAUGAG